CUUCUCACCACAGCCUCGGGAGACCGAACGAGUAACUUCGGGCAAUUAGUUUAACUUUGACUAUAAAUAUUCCUCCUCGUUCCUUGUGACACUGUUAACAGCUCCGCUGGCAAAUCCCCAUUCUCUGGCAAUAUUUAAGCUGCCCGUCAGUUGGCAGAGGCUCGGUGGUGCCUAGCGCGAGGGAGCAGAAUGAGACCCAGCUGAGCGCAAUCUAUGCCCAGAGGAAGCGCCCAUCCUGCACAGAGAGCCAUGGAGAGCACCAGCAGUACCCCAUCAUUGGUGACACCCCAGUGGGAUGUGUUUCCCCAGAAGACACUUGGCGCCGUAGACAUCACUAUCCUCGUGCUGUACUUUGUGUUUGUCCUGGCUGUUGGGCUCUGGUCCAUGUGGAAGACGCAGCGCAGCACGGUGAAAGGCUACUUUCUGGCUGGGGGACAGAUGGCAUGGUGGCCUGUGGGUGCAUCCCUGUUUGCCAGCAAUGUUGGAAGCGGGCACUUCAUUGGCCUGGCAGGGUCAGGAGCUGCAUCAGGAAUCGCUGCAACAGCCUAUGAGUGGAAUGGCAUGUUUUCUGUUUUGGUGCUGGCAUGGUUAUUCCUUCCCAUUUACAUAGCAGCAGGAGUGACCACCAUGCCAGAGUACCUACGGAAACGCUUCGGUGGAAAAAGAAUCCAGAUUUUCCUGGCGAUUCUCUACUUGUUCAUCUAUAUCUUCACCAAAAUAUCAGUUGAUAUGUACGCUGGGGCCCUCUUCAUUCAGCAAGCUUUGCACUGGGACCUCUACAUUGCUGUGGCAGGCCUGCUAGCAAUCACUGCUGUCUACACCGUAGCAGGUGGUCUGGCUGCCGUCAUCUACACGGAUGCAUUGCAGACCCUCAUCAUGCUGGUCGGUGCCAUCAGCCUCAUGGUCUUCAGCUUUGUUGAAGUCGGCGGUCUGGAAGGUCUGCAGGCAAAAUACUUUGAUGCCAUUCCCAGCACCCGCAAGGAGAACAGCAGCUGCGGCUUGCCAAGGGAAGACGCUUUCCACAUUUUCCGGGACCCUGUUAACUCUGACCUUCCCUGGCCAGGGGUGCUGGUGGGGAUGACCAUCCCGUCCCUGUGGUACUGGUGCACUGACCAGGUCAUCGUUCAGAGGUCCCUUGCUGCUAAAAACCUCUCACACGCCAAGGGAGGCUCCCUGAUGACCUCCUACCUGAAGAUUUUGCCCCUCUUCAUGAUGGUGAUGCCGGGCAUGAUCAGCCGGAUCCUCUUCCCAGACCUGGUGGCUUGUGCAGAGCCAGAGAUUUGUCAGAAAAUCUGUGGCAACCCAUCCGGCUGUUCUGAUAUCGCUUACCCGAAGUUGGUGAUAGAGCUCCUGCCUACAGGACUCAGGGGCCUGAUGAUGGCCGUGAUGAUAGCAGCCCUCAUGUCCUCCCUCACAUCCAUCUUCAACAGUGCCAGCACCAUUUUUACCAUGGACCUCUGGAAACAUUUCCGGCCUCGAUGCUCCGAGUGGGAGCUCAUGAUCAUUGGCAGGGUCUUUGUGCUGCUACUUACGGUGGUCUCUAUCCUGUGGAUCCCACUGGUCCAGGCUGGCCAGGGCGGGCAGCUCUUCAUUUACAUCCAAUCCAUCAGCUCCUACCUGCAGCCCCCUGUGGCAAUGGUGUUCAUGUUGGGCUGCUUCUGGAAGCGAGCAAAUGAGAAGGGCGCGUUCUGGGGCCUGGUGCUCGGGCUGCUGAUGGGCGUCAUCCGGUUGGUGCUGGACUUCAUCUUUCCUGAGCCCCAGUGCGGGGAGCGGGACACGCGGCCGGGCGUGCUGCGCUACAUGCACUACCUCUACUUCUCCAUGGUCCUGGCGGCCGUCUCCACGCUCACCGUGCUGCUUGUCAGCCUGCUGACGGAGCCCCCCUCGGAGGAAAUGAUAAGUCGGCUUACCUGGUUCACACGUGGGGAUCCUCCAGCCAAGAAAGACCUAGCGGUCAGCACUUCUCCUGACACUGCCAAAGGAGCACGCGAAGCUGAGCGCCCAGCUCUCCAGAUUGAUAUAAGCAUUGCUUCUGAAAGUAGUACAAAUGAUAACAAAUUGAUGUUUUCUGAUGGACUCUAGCAGCAGGGAGAACCCAGAGCCCUGGGCGGAGCUCUUGACAGAUCAGUGAAGGAGGAUUUACAUUUUUUAAAACUUGUGCUUGUCGGUAUUAGGUACAAACAUGCACAGCAACUCAUUCUGCAUUUUCCAGCAAUGGUUACCAUCACUUGUUUUUGCCAGGCUUGGGACACUGUUUAUGCAACUGUGCAGCUGUGUAUUCCUCUGAUCUAUAAAAAGCUAAGGAAAAGAUCAGUAAGGUAACGAGGAAGUGAAGUGCAGAUCUCUCAGUGCUGAGAAGUCUCGUUCUUGUUGCAAACUGAUGCUUUGUCACACAUGGCCCAAUCCAGCCCAAAGCUGGGAGUAUUUCCUUUCCACACAUGUAAUGUGGAGUAACCCUAACUGGACAAAGUAUGCACGUGGCAAAGGAAGCUGGUGGGCUCCAAAUACUUAGAGAUGGGCUUUUAGAUUGAUGCUGUUACUGCUUCCUAAAAUGUUGGGAAGAGCAGAGCUUGAGCUCAGAUCUCCAAGGAAGAAAGAAAUAGGCCAUACAGCCCAAAUAGAUGUUAUUUGAAGGGUUUCCCACACCUCAGAGUAGCUAGCGUACUUGUCUGAAGAGUGAGGAUGCACUUCUGCAUCAAGGCCCUUUGUACAGGGCCAUACUGACAUAGAUCUGGGAUCUGCAGUUGGUCACGCUUACUCUGUGCUGCCCCUGUAGGUCCGACUGGCACCAAGAAGGACUCAAAGCUGGUGAGAACCCUCCUGUGGCUCUGUGGGAUGGAACGCAGACAGGAGAACCCUGAGGACGUGGCGCCAGCCAAACCCGAGUG